UUUUCUGCUUCAUGCUGUGUUUUAUAACCAACCAAGCCCACCCAGCUGCUCUGACUGUGAGUCCCAGCAGAUCUCAGUUCUUUCAGUUUGACUCUGUGUCUCUGAGCUGUGAGGAGAACAACAGCUCUGCUGGAUGGACUGUAUGGAGGAACACAACCAAAGGAACCAGUCGUCAGUGUGGAGAUGGAUGGGGGAAGCAGCUGGUUCUACCUGUAACAUCACCUUACAUCGCUUUGAUAGUGGAGUUUACUGGUGUUCGUCCAGAGAGGGAGCAGCCAGCAGCAGCAUCCAGCUCACUGUCACUGGUGGAUCAGUGAUCCUGCAGAGUCCUGUCCUCCCUGUGAUGGAGGGAGAUGACGUCACUCUGAGCUGUCUAACAAAGACCACUCCCUCCAACCUCCCAGCUGCUUUCUAUAAAGAUGGCUCCUUCAUCAGGACUGAGCCCAAAGGUCACAUGACCCUCCACCAUGUGACCAGCUCUGAUGAAGGCCUCUACAGGUGUAACAUCAGGGGUCAUGGAGAGUCUCCAUCCAGCUGGAUCUCUGUUGAAGAGGAACCCACCACUCCUCCACCUCCUGUCUCCACUCCUCCACCUCCUGUCUCCACUCCUCCUCCUACAUCAAUCUGUCCUACUGAUUCCCAGUCUCUUCUCCAUACCCUCCUGUGCUUCACAUCCUUUAAUGUUGCUGUUUCUCUACUCUUACUGGUUCUACUGGUUCUACAGCUUAUUCAGAGGAAACAUGAAGAAACUUCGGUUUACGCCAGAAUGAGGAAGGAAGACGUCCAUCAGGAACAAGUGAUUUUCAGAGCGCAGAUGGCUGAAGACAGAGCUGAGACUCAGUGACUCAGAGACAUCGCUCUGCCCCCCCUGCUGAAAUGUCAACAUCUGUAGUUUACUCAGCAGUGAGGACAGGAGACGUCCAUCAGGGACAAAUCACCUGCAGAGCAACCAGGAACAGAGACACAGCUGCUCCAUGACACCUUGAAGAUCAAUUUCCUUUUUUAAUUGAAGCAGAUCUAAUCUGAUGUACAUAUAACUUCAGAUAGUGACUGUGGUUGAAAAUAAAAUCCUGUUUUUGUCCUCA